UUGGGGGUAUAGUUCCAUUCGAAUAGCCAUCACGGACCCAGAACACAACACAACACAACAUCCCUCUUCUUCUUCCUCCUCUUCUUCUUCCCCCUUCCCUCUUCCUCUCUUCAAUUCCAAAUCGCCAUUGAAGCGUUACAGACAGAUCUCAAGAGCAAUUUCCCAUUUCGACAACACCUAAUUCACUUGAUCUACCUACAGCAAAAAGAAACCACCCCAACCCCAUUUCCAUUUUCAUCCAUGCUUCCGUCUCUCUCAUCUCCUUCCGAUUCCACUCUGCGAUUUCUGCUCUAAAUCCCUUCAAUUUUGAGUGAGGGAGAGAGAUAGAGAGGGGAGGAAAGUAUAGAGAGCGUGACGGAUUGAGAACAUAAACCCAUAGAAAUGCCAAGCGUGGCUGUCAAGCUUUACAGCGUCUUCUUCAAGUUCCUCUUGAAGCAUCGUUUGCAGAAUCUGAUCCAAGCUCCACUUGACGAAUCCAGCCCUUUUGGCGUCACAUCUCGUCCUGAAGAAACCGUUGCUUCUGCUAAUCCUUUGUUCACCGACGGCGUCGCUACCAAAGAUAUCCACAUCGAUCCCUUUACAUCUCUUAGCAUUCGGAUCUUCCUCCCUGAAUCUGCUCUUACUCCUCCUGAAUCUGACUCCAAACCCUCUUCCAAAUCCUCCAAGCCUAAACCUAAACGCUCCAAUCAAGAUGCUCAACCCGAUCUUGUUCAUCAUAAUCGUAAUAAUUUACAGCAGUAUCCUUCUCGUCGGAAUAGCUAUGGUCCUUCGGGAAAUACCAGGGAUGAACUGCGGGUGAGUAGAAUUGGUGGUUACAGUAAUGAAAUGGAGGGGUUGAAUUUGAUUCCGGGUCCUGCCCCCGGUGGCGUUUACAGAGGGUACGCCCCGGUCACGGAGAAUAGUCGGAGAUUGCCGGUGAUGUUGCAAUUUCAUGGUGGGGGGUGGGUUAGUGGGAGCAAUGAUUCCGCGGCUAAUGAUUUCUUUUGUCGGAGGAUUGCAAAAUUGUGCGAUGUUAUUGUUGUUGCUGUCGGGUAUCGGCUUGCACCCGAGAAUCGAUUUCCGGCUGCGUUUGAGGAUGGAUUGAAGGUGUUGAAUUGGUUGGGGAAGCAGGCCAAUUUGGCCGAGUGCAGCAAGUCUAUGGGAAAUACAAAAGGCAAUAGCAAUGAGUUUAAGAAAUCGGAUAAUCAUAGGCAUAUUGUUGACACAUUUGGGGCCUCAAUGGUGGAGCCUUGGUUGGCAGCCCAUGGAGACCCAACAAGAUGUGUUCUUCUUGGGGUUAGCUGUGGAGCAAAUGUAGCGGAUUAUGUGGCUCGAAAGGCUGUGGAGGCUGGUAAGCUCUUGGAUCCUGUCAAGGUAGUUGCCCAGGUUCUCCUAUAUCCGUUUUUUGUUGGUAGUGCCCCCACUCAUUCAGAGUUGAAGCUGGCAAAUUCGUAUUUUUACGACAAAGCUAUGUGCCUUCUUGCUUGGAAACUUUUCCUACCCGAGGAAAACUUUAGUCUUGAUCAUCCAGCUGCAAAUCCCCUUGUUUCCGGUAGAGAAGGCCCACCUCUAAAGCUCAUGCCACCAACACUGACAGUUGUGGCGGAACUUGACUGGAUGAGAGACCGAGCCAUAGCUUAUUCUGAAGAACUUCGAAAGGUAAAUGUCGAUGCACCUGUUCUCGACUACAAGGAUGCAGUGCACGAAUUCGCAACCCUCGAUAUUCUUCUCAAGACACCUCAAGCUCAAGCUUGUGCAGAGGACAUUGCCAUCUGGGUCAAAAAAUAUAUUUCACUACGAGGCCACGAGUUCUCCUAUUGAUGGUAUAUUCUGAAGUAGCCAAGACAUAACCGAGUUGAGGUAGUGUCACGGUUGGAGAUCAUGCCAUGUAUGUAGAAUGAGGGAGUGUAACAUUUUUUCGUAGGCGUUAAAUCAAAGUUUUUCCUCCUUCCAUUUUGAUCUUUUGUAAGAUAGGGAACUUGCCUGAGAUUAGGAGGCUACAAAUAUCAUUGGCCUUGUAAAAAUGCUUCGAAUUCUCUAUCGAAAGCCAACAACGAGACUGAACCUUUUCUUUCCAAUUUUUUAUCACGAUUUGUGUACAUUUUUUCCCA